CCUGCUCCGCGGCCGCCGCCGCUUCCCGCUCGCCGGCCCGGGGUAGUCCCGCGCGGGGCCCGGAUACGGCCGCGCACUCCUCCCAGGCGCCGCGGAGCAACCAGGUUGGAGACGCCCGCAGUCGGCGCUGUCCUCUCCCCGGCCCGAGCAUGAAGGUCGAGUUUGCGCCGCUCAACAUCCCGCUGGCGCGGCGGCUGCAGACGGCCGCGGUGCUGCAGUGGGUCCUGUCCUUCCUGCUGCUCGCACAGGUGUGUGUUGGCGUCAUCGUGAUACUGAUCGUGUAUAACUAUUGGUUCCUCUACGUCCCUUAUGUGACAUGGCUUUACUUUGACUGGAGUACCCCAGAGCAAGGAGGCAGGAGGUCCAACUGGGUCAGAAGUUGGACCGUUUGGAGGUAUUUUAAGGACUAUUUUCCAAUUCACCUCAUCAAAACUUGGGAUUUGGAUCCAAGUCACAACUAUAUAUUUGGGUUUCACCCCCAUGGAGUGCUUGUUGCUGGAGCCUUUGGAAAUUUUUGUACAAAUUAUUCGGACUUCGAGGAGCUGUUUCCUGGCUUCACCGCGUAUCUUCAUGUGCUUCCAUUUUGGUUCCGCUGUCCGCUCUUUCGAGAAUAUCUGAUGACUAGUGGGUCAGUCUCAGUUUCUAAGAAAAGUGUGACCCAUGUGCUGAGCAAGGAGGGAGGUGGAAACAUUUCAGUCAUUGUUCUUGGGGGUGCAGAAGAAUCACUGGAUGCCCAUCCUGGAAAAUUCACUCUGUUCAUCCGCCAGCGGAAAGGAUUUGUUAAAAUUGCUUUGACCCAUGGCGCGUCCCUGGUCCCGGUGUUUUCUUUUGGAGAAAAUGAACUAUUUAAACAAGUUAACAACCCUGAAGGCUCAUGGCUUCGGACUGUGCAGGAGAAGCUACAGAAGAUCAUGGGGUUCGCUUUGCCGCUGUUCCACGCCAGAGGAAUUUUUCAAUACAAUUUUGGCCUGAUGCCCUAUAGGAAACCUAUCCACACUGUUGUUGGCCGCCCAAUCCCUGUUCAUCAGACUCUGGACCCGAGCACGGAGCAGAUUGAGGCAUUGCAUCAGACCUAUUUAGAAGAGCUGAGGAAAUUAUUUGAGGCACACAAAAGGAAGUACGGUAUUCCUGAGCACGAAACUCUCAUUUUUAAAUAACUAUACUCUAAGAAGGCAUACGAGAGGAUGAGAGAACAUCCCAUUGGGGGGAUACAUAAUUUUUAUCUUUGACUCUGGAAUCAGAAUUGCAACUGGAAAAUAUUAUUUAUGGUGACAGAUGUUGAUGUGUAUCCGUGGGAAAUAAAAAUACAGUGGGUGACUGUCAGAAAAUGUUGGACAUGACUAUAACCCUUGUAAUAAUUCUCCUCAUUUGGGAAGAUGCAGUCAUUUUAUGGGUUAAGAAGAGGUUUAGGAUUAUUCAUGUGCUCAAAAAAUAUAUAACAGUUUCAAAAAAUGAUUAGACCCUUUUACCAAAAUCACAAGAAUUUAAGGUGGUAUUUUCACUAAGUAUGACAGCUUUUGUUUAGCACAGCUGGAACAGUUAGGAGACAGUGUGUAAACUAAUUUUCCAUAUCAAGCUAGAGGAGAUCAUUUCUUCUUUUUUUUUCUUUUUCUGCUUGAACAGACCAUUUUUUUGGUGAAUGAUGUUACUUUUCAGAGUUAGAUAAUUUGAUCCUUUAGGUCACAUCAACAAACGCAUUUUUAUACAGUAGUGCAGAAUUUUUAUGCAGGUUUUGAAAUAGGCUGAAUCCACCAUCUGGAAACCCAUGUGGAUGAGAGCAUGUCUCCUCAUUUCUAUUCAUGCUUAGAAAUAUUCAUGCUUGUCAUUUGCUUAGAAGUAUGUUCAUUUGCUAUAGACAAGGAGGUCUUUUGGGAGACAUGCUUCAGAACAUUAAAUUUCCAAAAGGUUUUCAUGGUAAUAGAAAUGGUUUUAAUUUUCUUCCCAAAUGGCCUCUUUGAGUAAGACCAGCUAUGAAAGAAAGUGCCCUCUCUGGUUGUGAUGUGUCCAGUUACAGCUGUCUGGUCCGGGAGAGUAGGAACCCUGUUCCUCAGUCCACUGACCUCUCCCUAGUGCCUGGGUCAGGCACAAGAUCAAGUACUUGUUUAGUGAAUGUGUUUAUAGAUGAACCCACAAACCAACUUUGCCUCAAGGUGAAGAAUUUUUAAAGCUUUAUUUACCAUGGGAGGGUCCUAUUAUAAGAAGGAGAGAAUACGCUGGGUCUCUUUGUCUCAGGACAGUAAUUGACAAGUAAGUCAAAUAAGUCUUGUCAAUUACUGUAAGGAAGAAGAAUGUCUAGUUUCCAAAUGAUCUCCAUCGCGGCUGGUUACUUCUCUCCCUCCUCCACUCUAGGUAUUUGCGGGCAACUUCACUGAGUUCUAAUUUACUAGUCAUGUAGCUUCAGGCCUCUGAUUUUUAAAACAUCAACUUCUGGGCUAGAACCUGGACUGAGGUCAGCAUCAGCCAGACAGAAUCAUGCUGGGUAAUGCCUUGAGUAGGAAAGCAUUUCACACAGGAAAAAAUGACCCCCUCUUCUUGGUCCCAUUUGAGGUUGUUUUGGCCAGCAUCACUUUGGUUCACGCUGGUUGAGCAAUCCAGGAGUCAACUGACACGUGGCCUUGAAAUUAGAUAAAUUUUUUAAUCGAAGCCGGGAAUAGGGCACCACCUAUUUUUAAUAGAUGCAGAAAAUUUGACUAUGAAUCCUUUUUUGGUAUUACUCAACACCAAAGGGCAUAAAGGAGCACUGUUUACAGAAAGUGAAUGACACACCCCCACUGGUCCGGGCUCAGUCUUCAGAAUGGAGCUGUGAAGGCCACGUAACCACAACAACUAAAGACCUUUAAGUUAUUAUAAAACCGAUCAAUUUGAACUGGGUGAAUAAAAUUUUAAAAAAGUAAUAAAAAAACCAAAACCCAUGAAUUUCAUUCCUUUAGAGAAGUUUAUUAAGCGCUUACGACACAUAGUCAUGAUUUCACGUGAUUUCACGAAGGUAGGAUUUUAAAUCUCCUACUUGGUAGUGGGGGCCAAGCUGAACCCCCCAACAUCAGCUGGAUCAUCUAGGAAGCAGUUAAAGCCCUCAUGUAGUAAAACAGAGGCACUGAAAAAUGAGAAAAGUUUUGCUCUGAUGAAUUUAUCUUGAAUUUUGCCAUUUCAGAAAUCCAGACAUGAGCAGCUUUAAUUUUGGCAUCCACAAAAUCUUAUUUUUAGGUACAAAUUAGGGAUUUUAUCUCUUUUUCUUUCUUUGGGUUUCCAGAGGUCUUAUUCCAGCCAGAAGUCCUUUCAUAAAGUCAGAGCAUAGUAAGAAGUUUCUUGCCGUCCUACAGAUGGCAGAUGAAGUUUUGGACAUGAAUUUUUGCUUCAGCACAAAUGUGGGCCAUAUAUUGUAUUCGCUAAUACAGUGUGACAGGGAUUGCCUCUGUUUUAAAGAUUCUCAUCUACUCUGUAAUUGCACAUAAAAUUUAAACGGCAAAGCAAAACAAUAACAGCAAGAAAAAUAACCGCAGGACACGGUAAGAGAAACUGAGCUAAUUGCCUUGAGAAAAUGUGCACUUAUGAUUUGCUCUGGACAUUUCUGUCUCCUGUUUCUCUUGCACACCGGGCACAGGCUGAGUCGUUUCCUUUGUCUUGCAGCUAGAAGGAUUGAAAUUAUCCAUAUCCAGCUAAGUCGAUUAUGCUUACAUCGAAGGUUGCAGCUUUGGUGCUUAGGAAGGCCAGCUAGUUUUGCUGUGUCGCAAGGGGAACCAGGGCAAGGGGAACCAGGGCAACGGAUGCUGCAUGAUUUAUGAAAACCCUUCACUAGGACUGUGGAGACAAUCAAAGUAUAUAUACUUCAGGGACGAUGGGUAAGCCUUUAUUGUAUGCAUAGCAUUUGAAGUACAAUCCCUACUUUCAGUAGAAGGUACACUUCUGUCCUGGGAAGCACGGGAGGUGGAAUCGAGAUGCAAUGUCCACACUUCUGUAACCACAUCUCUUCCGAGCCACCCCACCCACAGUGCUGAUUACCGAGGUUGGUGACAAAUACGAAAACGCAUUUUGGGUGUAUUUACUCUGUC